UAACAGUUCAAAUAACAAUUUUCUGCAUUUUACGGAAGCGUAGAUAAAUUUAUGUAAGAAUCUGAAAAUUACCCGACUCCUGCUGGAUAGUGGGUGCUCUCACACGGUGCGGGAUCUGAAACACGGCAACAAUAUUCUUCACAUCUCUGUGGAAAGCGACUCUUUGGACAUGGUUAACUACAUUCUGGAAAAUGUAGACAAAACUCUUUCCGAGGAGCCUAAUAAUGCAGGCUACACCCCACUGCAGCUGGCAGGUGCCAGACACUUGACGAACUCGAAUAACAAACUGAUAAUAAAGGAACUGCUUCGAUUCAAUCCUAAAGGUAUGUUGGAGAAGGAAUCUUCAACCGAUGAGGACGAUGAAGAUUCGGAACAACCGGAAGCCCCUCUCACGCCCACUAGUUCCUCGUCAACGGAGAGUAUGCUGCUGUCGAUGAACCUAACAUGCGACCGGGGGGAAGUCGUUCGGAUACUUGAAGAGCACUCGGGUCCAGGUGAAGAAACGACCGAAUUAACCCCGCUGAAGAAUGUGCCCUACAAUUUAACUGUGGAGGAAACCGUCGAGGAGCACCCUUUUGAUGAGGAGUGUUUUUCACAGCUCUGUGAACUGCUGAAUCGUGAUCAAACGUGGAAGGAAGUGGGUGCACUGCUUGACUUCAACGCAUUUUUCAGUAUGUGGGAGCAGUCAGCGAAUCCCACCGGUAUGCUGCUGAAUUGCUUUGAGAUGCAGAAAAUGAAACUGAAUCAUUUGAUCGAGAUUCUACAGGCGCUGGACCAGAAGGACGCGAUCCAUCUAAUCGACGAAAUGGUAUGCCGCAAAUUGAAGUGAUCGCACUGGUCGAAGGAUCAAUCUGAAGAACAUCAGAGCUCUGCUCAUUAAUGCUAGUGAUUUUUUUUAUCAUUCACACAUCAAUGUGCACUUAAUUUUUUACAUUAAGUAGAUGAAACCAUGGUUAUAUUUUGGUAUAAAAAAAAAGUGUCUUUAUUUGUUUAUUACAUUUUCCUUUCCAGGCUGGUAGUUAUAUUUCAGUUUACGGUAGGUCAAUGUUAGUACCGCAGGCUGAACACGUGCUUCGAGCUAGUCGAACCUGUUUUUACCUCAUGUGCUUAGACGCGACAAAACACGUGCUUCAAGUGAACUCUGAAUCCAUUCGGAUCCAGAACGUUUACCGCAUACAAUUAACACAUUCCUGCAUGAGUCGUAUGAGUAUCAGUUUUUAUUCACACUUAGAAUAGCCCAUUCUUGGUUACUUCUUUUUCCACAGUGUGCUGCUAAGUCGCAGUCUGACAGGCUUCUAAUAUGUGCCAUUAUCUUGAUCUUUAUCAGUUAAAUCUUUUUUUAGAAUAUAAUAGUACACCUAUUUCUCACUGUUACCACCAGCUAGAAACGUGACUAAAAUUGUAAGAGGUUGUAACCGGUUGUGUCUGGAAAAGAUGUUGCUGAUCAUUACU